CCAGUAGCAGACUAAAAAUAACCAUUUAUCAAUAAAAAAAUCAUUUCCAAACAUCUGUUUUAACAAAUUUAUUCUCUCGUUACCAAAAUACCAACUAAGUAAUCCUCCUUUUAAGGUUGCAUUUUAUAAACACCAUAGCAUGUUACUUAUGGCUUGGACCUGGAUUACACUUGUAGUGGUAGUAGUAGUAUUCACUUGCCUUCAGUGGCUAUGGCUGAAGAAAAGGACGCAAAGAAAUUUACCGCCAGGACCAAAAGGGCUACCCAUUAUUGGACACCUUCAUCUGUUAGGGAAAAACCCUCAUCAAGAUUUGCAGAAGUUGUCUGAGAAACAUGGCCCUAUUAUGUCUAUGCGCCUUGGAUUUGUCCCCAACAUCAUUGUCUCAUCGCCAGAUGCAGCCAAGCUAUUUCUCAAGACCCAUGACCUUAAUUUUGCUAGCAGGCCCCCUCUUGAAGCUGCAAAGCACAUUUCUUAUGAGAACAGAAAUUUGUCAUUCUCAACAUACGGCCCUUACUGGCGCAACAUGCGCAAAUUGUGCACCCUGGAACUGCUCAGUAACCUCAAAAUCAAUUCUUUUCGAGCCCUGAGGGAAAAAGAGCUUAAGGAAUUAGUACAUAUUCUUGAGCACGCAGCUGAAGAACAUAUUGCUGUUGAUAUCAGUACCAGAAUAACAUCCAUGAACAAAGAUAUCAGUUGUCAGAUGGUAUUUGGAAAGAAGUUUGAGGACAAGGAGUUAGAUGAAAGAGGGUUUAAAGAGGUGCUUCAUGAGGGGAUGCAGAUGGCAGUGGCUUUUAACCUCGGUGACUAUUAUCCUUACAUUGGUGCACUUGAUCUUCAGGGAUUGACUAGGAAGAUGAAGGCUAUAGCCAAAGUAUGGGAUCAAUUUUUGGAAAAGAUUGUUGAUGAGCAUGACCAGCCAAAGGAAUAUAGUCAGACCAAGGACUUUGUUGAUACCAUGUUGGGUAUCAUGGCAUCUGGAGAUUCAGAUUUUGAGUUUGAUCGCGGUCAUGUCAAAGCUAUUCUAAUGGACAUGUUUGCUGCUUCAGCUGACACUCCUUCAACAACUAUUGAGUGGACACUCUCUGAAAUUCUAAGACAUCCGAGAGUAAUGAACAAAGUCCAGAAAGAGUUAGAAAAAGUAGUCGGACUUGACAAGAUGGUGGAAGAAUCAGAUUUGGAGAGUUUGGAAUACUUGAACAUGGUUGUAAAAGAAGCCAUGAGGCUUCACCCUGUGGCACCACUGCUACUCCCUCAUAUGUGUGUAGAAGAUUGCACGGUUGACGGUUUUUUUAUACCUAAAAAUUCAAGAGUACUCAUUAAUGUAUGGGCAAUAGGCCGAGACCCUAAGGCAUGGAUUGAUGCAGAAAAUUUCCUCCCCGAAAGAUUUAUUAGUAGCAAUAUUGAUCUUCGAGGAAGGGAUUUUGAACUUCUUCCCUUUGGUUCUGGGAGAAGAGGGUGUCCUGGGAUGCAAUUAGGUCUCACUAUGGUUCGCCUAGUGGUGGCGCAACUGUUGCAUUGUUUCAACUGGGAUCUCCCUAAUGGAAUUCAGCUAUCAGAACUUGACAUGACUGAGGAAUUCGGGAUACUUGUAGGGAGAGCUAAACCUCUUAUCGCCAUUCCUACCUGUCGCCUUAAGAAAUGAUGUUGUCUGUGUUUCCGAAAGGACUAUACUUGUGUAUUGCCAAUCUAUAUUACUGAUAAUGACAUGCUGAUAAUAAAGUCAUUGAUCAAUCUGUUUUCA